AUGGAGUGGAAAGGCUGCGCAAAGCAGCAAACCGGCCUCGACCCCCUCUGUUUUAGCCACUCCCACCUCCUCGCAUCCACCUACCGCCGCGCCAUCCCCCGCUCCAACGACCCCCCCUCCACCCCCGCCGCCAAGCCAGCAAACUCGACGCCGAAUCUCCUCCGCCUCCUACUCCACCCACGCCGCCGCGGAAACCGACUCGCAUCGCUCCUCCGGCCCGCCUGCCUGCCCAGCGCCGCACGCCCCGGGAAAGCACAUCACGCACGCGCCGCUAGUCCUGCCAUCGGCGUGUCGCGCUCGUCGUCGCCAGCAGAAGCGCAGUGGACUUGGGACACCGAGUAG